CUCUCAUGACAACAUGCCAGUGUAUAUUCAUAUAAAUGUAGUACUACACCGAAAAAGAAUGAAGAGAGCUCAAGAGAACCGCACAGGCAUCUCAAAACAGCGAUCAGUUGCAUUUAAGUUUUUGACUAGGAUUGAGGUGUGACAGUGAAAGAGAAAAAACAAUAGUUCACCUAAAAUGAUGCAAGUUAUUGGACAACUCAACUAAACGUGCGAAAUAUCAUUCAUAGAUCAAAAAAAAAAGAUCAGCAAUGUGUUCAUCAUACAAGAAAUGGUCAUAUUUCACCUUGAGUUAUACGGUAGCAUUCAUAACUUUGGCAAUAUGUGCAACGCAAGCAAGUGAAACAACCCACUAUUUGCCACCACUUGAAUGUUACGAUCCGUACGGAAGACCGCAACGUUGUAUACCAGAGUUUGAGAAUGCCGUGUACCAAGUAGAGAUUGAAGCAACCAACACAUGCGGUGAAGAUGGAGACACUAAUUUUUGUGUUCAAACAGGCUAUUCCAACAGAAAAAGUUGUGAUGAUUGUCGGGCUGGACAACAUUCUCCGGAUUAUUUAACUGACUUACAUGAUCCUACCAAUCCAACAUGGUGGCAAUCCGAAACCAUGUUCGAAGGAAUCCAAUAUCCAAAUCAAGUGAACUUAACCUUAAAGCUAGGCAAGUCAUUCGACAUAACUUACAUUCGAAUUGUGUUUUACUCACCACGUCCGGAAUCAUUUGCAAUUUAUAAAAGAGUUUCACCAAAUGGGCCAUGGAUUCCGUAUCAAUACUACAGUGCAACCUGUCGAGAUACUUAUGGAUUACCAGAUUCUCUGUCUGUCAUGAAAGGCGAAGACGAAUCUCGUGCGCUUUGCACUAGCGAAUACAGUGAUAUUUCGCCACUUCGGGAUGGCAAUAUCGCAUUUUCUUCACUUGAAGGUCGACCCAGUGCCAUCAAUUUUGAACACAGUAUUGAAUUACAGCAAUGGGUAACUGCUACAGAUAUUCGCAUAACAUUGGAUCGUCUCAACACUUUUGGUGACGAAGUUUUCGGCGAUGCACAGGUGUUGAAAUCAUAUUUUUAUGCGAUAGCAGAUAUUGCUGUUGGUGCGAGGUGUAAAUGUAAUGGUCAUGCCAGUGAAUGUGUAACAAGUACCAAUUCUAAUGGACAACGAGGACGCGUAUGUAAAUGUCAACACUAUACCGAUGGACCGGAUUGCGAAAAAUGUCUUCCAUUCUACAAUGAUUCACCUUGGGGACGAGCAACAUCGAAAAAUGUUCACGAGUGCAAGCCCUGUAACUGUAAUGGAUACUCAACCAAAUGUUUCUUUGAUCGGCAACUAUACAAUCUGACUGGUCACGGUGGUCAUUGUAUUGAUUGUGGUGCCAAUCGCGAUGGACCAAACUGCGAAAGAUGUAAGGAAAAUUUCUUCAUGCGUGAAGAUGGCUACUGUAUCAACUGUGCUUGUGAUCCGGUCGGUUCUCGGUCAUUACAAUGUAAUGCUGAAGGAAAAUGUCAAUGCAAGCCAGGCGUUACUGGAGACAAGUGUGAUCGCUGUGAAAAUAAUUUCUAUAAUUUUGGUCACCACGGGUGCCAGCCGUGCAAUUGUGAUGUUCGGGGUUCACUAGAAAACGCGCCAUCCUGUGAUCCUGUAAACGGUAUUUGCUCAUGUAAAGAAAAUGUUGAAGGUCGUCAUUGUCGCGAGUGUAGACCAGGUUACUUUAACUUGGAUUUGGAGAAUAAAUUUGGUUGUACCCCAUGCUUUUGUUACGGCCAUACCAGUGAAUGCACAAGUGCCGCAGGAUACUCAAUCGUGUCAACAACAUCAAAUUUCAACAAGCAUAAAGAAAAAUGGUCUGCCAUUACAGCCACUGGAAAUCCUGUCGAUAUAAAGUACAAUGCCAAAAGUCAAACAAUUGGAGUUGGAGCUCAAGGAUAUGACGCAAUUUACUUUCUUGCACCUGAUCGUUUCCUUGGCGAUCAACGCGCUUCGUAUAACAGAUUGCUCAAGUUCCGUUUGCAACUCGUAGGCCAGACUAGACCAGAUGUCAGCACUUUUGAUAUAAUUUUGCAAGGAGCCAACAGCAGUAUUUCACUGCCAAUUUUCGCUCAAAAUCAACCAAUGCCCGAUGAUGAAUUCAAAGAGUUUUCGUUUAGGCUCCACGAAUACCCCGAAUAUUCUUGGCAACCAUCUAUGUCAGCCAGAGGCUUCAUGUCCAUUUUAAGUAACCUAACGGCAAUCAAAAUACGAGCAAUCUAUUCGGAUUACGGUGAAGCAUUCAUUGACGACGUAGAACUUCAAACAGCGCAUCGAGGUGCUGCAGGUCGUGCGGCGACCUGGAUCGAACAAUGUACAUGCCCUGAAGGAUAUCUUGGCCAAUUUUGCGAGUCGUGUGCACCUGGUUAUAGACAUAAUCCAGCGUUAGGGGGGCCGUUUAUGCCAUGUAUUCCCUGUGAUUGUAACAAGCAUGCCGAAAUUUGUGAUUCUGAAACAGGAAGAUGUAUUUGCCAACAUAACACAGCCGGUGAUACAUGCGAUCAAUGUGCUAAAGGAUAUUACGGAAAUGCGUUAGGAGGAACACCCUACGAUUGUAAACGAUGUCCUUGUCCUAACAAUGGUGCAUGUAUGCAGAUGGCUGACGAGUCGGUUAUUUGCCUCGAAUGUCCCGUCGGCUAUUUUGGACCACGUUGUGAGUUAUGCUCAGAUGGAUAUUUUGGAGACCCAACGGGAGUACACGGAGCCAUUCGUAUGUGCCAAGCUUGUGAUUGCAAUGGAAACGUUGACCCGAAUGCUGUGGGUAAUUGUAACCGUACAACUGGAGAAUGUUUAAAGUGUAUUCACAAUACUGCGGGUCUACACUGUGACCAAUGCUUGCCCGGUCAUUUUGGAGAUCCAUUUGCACUGCCUCAUGGAAACUGUGAAGAAUGUAGUUGUUAUCCGCGAGGAACUGAGCAAACUGAUAAAGGCAUUUCAAUCUGCGACCCCAACAAUGGUAACUGUCAGUGUAAACCAAAUGUGAUUGGACGAAAUUGCAACGAAUGUAAAAAUGGUUACUGGAAUAUUAUCUCUGGAAAUGGAUGUGAAAAUUGCAAUUGUGAUCCAACUGGAAGCUACAACUCAUCAUGUGAUACAUAUACAGGAGAAUGUUAUUGUAAACCAGGCAUUAUUGGCAAAAAGUGUGAUCAGUGUGCUUUGGCACACUAUGGAUUUUCAUCAGAAGGAUGUAAAUCUUGUGACUGCGAUCCGAGUGGUUCUAAAGGUUCACAAUGCGAUCAAUUCGGACAAUGUCCAUGCAACGAUAACGUCGAAGGAAGACGUUGUGACCGUUGUAAAGAAAACAAGUUUGAUCGUCAUCAAGGCUGUCUGGAUUGUCCUGCUUGUUAUAAUCUCGUUCAGGAAGCAGCAAAUGAACAUCGAGGAAAAUUGGCAAACUUGAACAAAAUAUUGCAAGAUAUUCAGUCUAAACCGAUCGUUAUCGACGACAAUGAAUUUGUCUCGAAAUUACGAACAGUACAAGACAAAAUUGAUAUCUUGGUUGAAGACGCCAAAAGUGGAUCCGGUGGAGGAGAAAAAACAUUGAAUGAAAUGUUACAGGAUUUAGAAAAAAGACUAGAAAUUGUGCGUGACUUACUCAGCAAAGCUGAUGAGUCUCAAGAGUCCACGGAAGUAAAAAUUAGUAGAGGAGCAAACAACGCAACAAUUGCUAACAAUCAAAUACAGGAUGCUCGCCGCGAAUUAGAAGCAGCCAUUGAUUUGUUACAGACUGACGGAGCAGCUGCGUUGAGUAAAGCACGAGACAUUUCUGGGCAUUUAGGAAAUCAAACAAAUCAAAUUAGCGGCAUAUCUAGGGAAGCACGACAAUAUGCUGACCAAUUCAAAAAAGAAGCCGAAGAGAACAAAAAACAAGCUGAAGAAGCACACAAAAAAGCGAGUGAAGCUCAUUUAUUGGCCAAAACUACAAUUAACUUGCAGGCACAAAUUGGAGAAGAAUUCAGAACAAAUAUUUCAAAUGAAGUUCAACAAGCCAAAGAAAAAUUAAACACGGUAUCGAAACUGACCGACCAAGCUUUAACAAAGGCAAAUGAAGUAUAUGACGAGUCAUUAUCUUUAUUUGUUGCUGUUAAUAGCGUUUCCCCGCCAAGCAUCAAUAUCGAUCACAUUAAAAAGGAAUCGAACAAGUAUAACAAAGAAGCAGACAAAAUAAAUGCAGAUUUGGAAAAAACAAUUGAAGAUCAUCAAGCUUUGCUCACGGAUGUAAGUGAAAACAUCGAACUUGCCAACACACUUUUAGAAAGGGCCGAGUCUCAAAAGUUUGACGCCAUAAAUGCUGUUAAGGAGUUGGAAGAUGCUAAAGAACUGGCAGUUAAAGCAGUUGCCGAAGGCGAUGGAACAUUGAAAAAAGCUAAUUUCACUUACCAUACUCUGUCUGGGUUCAAAAAUCAAGUAGACGAAUCUAAACAAAAAGCAGCAGAUGCGUUAGAAUCGGUACCUAGCAUAAAACGGCAAAUCGAUAAUGCCAUUGAGCUUAUUGCAAAUUCUGAAGCGGCUUUGAGAAGCGCAAACCAUAAUGCGCUUGAAGCACGUAAUAAUGCUCAGUCAGCACAAAAGAAGUAUGCUGAGGAAGCUUCUAAGCUUGCGGAUAGUAUCAAGAAAAGAGCAAAUACUACCAAAAAUACAGCUCGCGAUUUAAGGCAUGAAGCUGAUCAGUUGAAUGGUCGAUUAGCCAAAACGGAAAACAGUCUUGCAGAACGAGAGGCAAAUAUUCGAAAAGAUUUUAACUUAACGAAAGAAGCUAAGGAAAAAGUUGGCCAAGCUCAAUUGAAUUCAAACGAGGCCAAAUCUCAAGUAGAAAAGGCUAUGAAAGAAGUAAAAGCUAUUAUAGAUGAACUAGCUGAUUUGAGAGACAUCGACAUCAAAAGUUUGAAUGCUUUAGAUGAUCGUCUGACAGCCGCAGAAAAAGAAUUAGAAGAUGCCAAACUAACUCAUAAGUUACACGUGUUAAAUGAAUCCAAAAAUCUACAAACUCAAAAUAUUAAAAGCUAUCAACGGGAGAUAGCAGAAUUGGAAAAUGAGGUAGCAAACAUAAAAAUGAUUUCUGAUUCUUUACCAGAAAACUGCUAUAAAAGAACUCGUCUUGAGCCAUAAGUUUUAACUGGAUUCUUUGUUUGAAUGAAAUGCUGCAUUUUUCAAACAGAAGUCUUAUUAAAACCAUCUACGGUGUUCUCAGAUAAGACUAACAAAUGAAACAAAAUCUUAAAUUCAGUAGAAACAGUGCCAAUUACAAUAAUAACUAUAUGAAGUGACUAAUCGCAAAAGAAAAAGAGUGAAACUAAAUAAAAGCAAUUUUAAAUAUAAUCGAAAAUAA